AGCACCACCUUAGUGUCCGCUCCCGCCCACCAGAUCGACAUCUGCCUACCACCCACCGCCCAUCAACCAGCAUAUUCACAAGUGUGUUAACUUCCAGGACAGCCAGCAGUGUUCCUCACACAGGAUGGGCCCCCUAACCCUAAUACUGCUCACCUCCACGCUCCUGUCCAGCUACUUCCAUCCAGGGAGAGUGGUGGAUGCACAGUCAAUAUUUACAAUAAGAGAAGUCAUCCUGUCCAUGGAGCCCAGUAAUGAUGUCCCUCGGGACACCAAUGUGACAGUGAGAUGCCAUGCCGAUGUCAGCAGCAAAGGCCAGGAGGUACUAAAUCGUCAGUACACCAUAUUCAAGGACAGGGUCCCGGUCUAUACCAAGACCACCACCAGCUCGGAGGAUCUUCUGUACCCACUGCCCAUGGCCAGAGCCUUCAACAGAGGCAAAUAUACAUGCCAGGUCGACAUUGAGGACAAAAGUGAGGUCAGCGAGUAUCAGAAACUCACAGUGACAGGCUUGUCAAAACCAGAGCUCCAUCUUAACAAGGCUGUGGUCAAUGAGGGGGAGGAGGUAACAGCCAGAUGCACAGCACCCGGUGAGACAGGAUCCAUCAUUUUCUAUUUCUACGAUAACUCCAAAGAGAUCAAGGAGGAGCAGGUCAGCUCCAACUACGCUGAGAUCAAGUUUCGCUUCACCAGCAUUGGCUACCACAAAUUUCACUGUGCCUACACUGUGGUGGUAGUGCCAGACUCCUUCAGGUCUGAGCAAAGCAACAUCAUCACGGUUUCAGUCAAAGAGUUACCCUACACACCAGUUUUGGAGAUUUUCCCUAACUACAAGAUCUAUGAAGGAGACACACUAGACAUCACAUGCUCCCUCAGAGGACCUCGAUACAGUUCUCAAACAACUCAGCUGAUCCUGAGCCAGGGGACCCAACUUCUCGGCAGCGGCACUAAAGACAAACUCAACCACAGCCUGGUCGCACUGGCAAAGCACUCAGGGGAGUUUGAGUGCAGGUUAGAGAUAGGAAAGGUAGUGAAAGUUGCCACAAUGAACAUUUCAGUGACUGAGUUGUUUUCAGUGCCCACUCUCACCAUGUCUCCAGCUGAAGUCUUUCGAAGGGAACCACUGACACUAACCUGCAAAAGUGAAAGCCUUGCCUUCGAAAGACUCCACAAGGAAGAGUUGAUGUACACUCUGGAGCCAUCUGAUGCUUACCUAAUCUCAAGGGGUGCUGGAGUAUUUCAAGGCAAGGCCCUGAGUGCUGAUUUCAACUAUACCUGCACAGCUACAGCCAAGGGCAUCAUGAAACAAAGUAGAAUCCUGACCGUCCGUCCUAAACUUCUUGUCUCCACUCCAAAGAUCACGGUGCUUGGCAGGGUGAUCCUCGGACGGCCCUUUGAGAUCCUCUGUAACUCAAGCAUUGGCACCCUGCCGAUAAACUACACCCUGAUAUAUGGCUACGAUCCACUGGGCAUGAUCACCGUCAAGAAGCCCUCUGAAGAAGCACGCUUCACAGCCACCAUCAAUCGCACUGAUGACAUAAGAAAGUAUAUAUGCCAGGCAUAUAAUGGUCACAAGCAACUACAACCUCCGCUCAGUGAAAGACUUGAAGCUACUGUCAUAGUGCCUCUUUCACACCCGACUCUGACCGUCGUCCCCACCUUGGGAGAAAUCUAUGAGGGAGAUCAUCUUUACUUGAUAUGUGGUGUCCAAGGAACACCACCUGUUACCUUCAAGUGGUACCGUGUUGGGAAGGAAAAUCCACUGCACACCAACACAACCAACUCCAAUAACACAAACCUCCAGAUCAAAGAUUUGGCCAAACAUCACAGCGGCAUGUACUUCUGUGAAGCCAUCAACCCUGCCAACAUUGUUGUCAGCAGUAAGCCGGUCACCAUAGAGGUUCGCAUGGCAUUGUGGAAGAAAGCGUUGAUUGGGGGGAUCUGUCUGCUGGUGUUGGCGGUGCUGGCCUUGCUGUUUGUGCUGUACUACAGAUCCAAGAGAGGUAGAAGAGAAGCAGCUGCUGAAUUGUCAGUAAAGCCUUCGAGCCCUAAAUCAGAUGACUCUUUAAGAUUGACUCUAACCCACGACACAGAGGUUUAUAACGCAGCUACAGUGAGAGUGGACAGAGCAGUCACCAGUGUGUGGAGUGAGCGACCACCUGAAGCAGCCAAUGACGAGGAGACCAGCAUGAUGUCCAACGAGCCUGAUGUGGAGUACACUGAGGUAGUGCAUACCCGGGCGGCAGAUUCUGCCCAAGUUCCGCUGAAAAAAGGCACAGACACUGUGUACAGCGAGCUCCAAAACGCCCCACAUGGUGCUACUGACCAUCAUGACUAUGGUUCAGUAGAAUACGCUGAGCUCAACGGUGAACAACCUGAGAUCAAUCACAGCUAUCCAGAGGUCAACAACUACCAGGACCUGCCAGUGCCUGUGGAUUAACUCUCCUUUCUACAUACACUGCUCUGUCUCCCCUCCCACCUAAAUCUCUUAUCAUCUCCAAGCAUCUCAACAAACUCAGCCCCCAAUCAGUUAUGUGUUAUGUGAGCUGUAAAUAUUUUUUUUACCCUAAUAAAGGCA